CAAAAGUUGGCCGGAUAUAAAGUGGGGGUUUCCCGGCGAUCCGUAAGAUCGGAGUUAGUGAAUCGAAGAAUCCAAGUGCAAAUUGAAUAACAAGCCACAAUGAUCGUUGCAAUUAUCUUGAGCCAGCUGGUGCUGGUGAUCCCUGUGGUCUUCACAAACCCCGAAAUAGCAACACCAACAAAUGGCUUCAAUGGAUAUAAUUAUCCAAAGCCAUCGAUUCCCUUCAACCCUGGUUAUGCUUAUCCUACACCAAGCUGUCCCUUAACACUACCGAGUACGAGCUACGUCACUGUACCGGUCACAGAAACUAGUAUUCUUCUAACAACACUACCACCGCUGACUGUCACUCUUCCCCGGCUAACGGAAUAUUUCACCGAAACUCAACAUCGAAUCAGCACCACCACCUUCAUCAAUUAUCUAACAGCAACGACAACAGAGUUUCAAAUUCAACCAACAACCGUCACCGCAUACAUCACUUCAACCUAUUGUGCGCCGAAAACCUAUCUCCCACCCGCACCCCCUCAGAACACCUAUCUCCCAGCAGUGACCACACCUCCCCCGCCUCCACCUCCCCCACAGAACACAUACCUUCCAGCAAAUCCACCCCAAAGAUAUUUCAACGUGGAAAAUACGACUCCCAACACCUUUCUGCACAGCUUUGGCUUCGCUCAAGCGGGCCCUAUCAAGCGGAUGGCCAACGACAUUGAUGGCAGUUCACUGGAAUUCGACGACGAAUACACUCGUCAGAGGCAAACCCUAGAGCCAUCUCAAGCAAACUUCGCAGAACCGCCAACGCAGCAGCAGCAGCUCCCCGCCAUUAAUAUCAUCUACUUUAAUGGUGGAGAAACCAAUCCCAACCAAAGUAAUGACACUGUCGCUGCCGGUCCACCGACUGACCUCAUGAAUUGGCUGCUUUGCCGGUUCAAUCUAGCCAAUAGGACUUGCCUCAACUGAGGUGAAUGAAAGUGGGUGAGGAAGAUCCACCACGGGCAGAAGGGGAGAUGGUAACUGUUAAUAUGGAGUUCGACAAAACACGAGUGAAUAAAGAUGAAAUGAGAAUGUGUGGAAUCGUUGUUGGAAAACAUGUG